CUGCUGGGAGUCGUGGUCAUCCCGCCAACUGCAUUUCUGAAAGACCGAGCGAACAAGGAUCCUACUCUGAACCCGACCGCCAUGUCUGCAAGCCGGCUAGUCAGCCGGUGCACCACGAUUGAAGUAAAUUAUGCGUCAAAGUAAGAGGAAGCGUGUGACGUCUUCGGCUGGAGAUAAAAAGGACCAAGAGGGUGAUCCAGGGGCAGGACAAGGGGCAAAGAAAGAUGUGAGGACUCGGAAGAAAGUUACCGUACCAUCCAGCUCUACGGACAAUCAGAAGGAAGAAUAUCACUGCUGGCUGAUGAAGUCAGAGCCUGAGAGCAGGAUGGAGAAGGGCAUGGACAUGAAGUUUGGGAUAGAAGAUCUGAAAGUGCAACCCGACCAGACGGCAUGCUGGGACGGAGUCCGGAAUUACCAGGCGAGGAACUUCAUGAGAGCAAUGAAGAACGGGCAGCAGGCUUUCUUCUACCACAGCAACUGUAAGGAGCCUGGGAUCGCUGGGAUUGUCAAGAUUGUGAAGGAAGCCUACCCAGACCAUACACAGUUUGACUCGAAGAAUGCACAUUUUGACGCCUCCAGUCAGAAGGACAACCCUAAAUGGUCCAUGGUGGAUGUGCAGUUUGUCCGAAUGCUGAAACGUUACAUUUCUCUGGCGGAACUCAAGGAACUGCACCAGAAGCACAAGAUCAAAAACGGACCCCUUCGAAACAUUGCGCUUUUCACUCGAGCAAGGCUGUCUGUGCAGCCCCUCGCACAAGAGGAAUUUGACUUUAUCCUGAGUCUGGAAGAGGAGAAGAUCGCAGAGCAAGGGAGUGAGAGCUCCAACUAAAUUACAGAUUUUUUUAUUUAUUUUUUUGACCCUCUUGUUAGCUUUUAUAUUCCUGUUCUAGUUAAUUUGUUCUAUUUUUGUAUUAUAAUUUUUUUUUAACUUGAAUUAUAAAUUUUAGGACAUUUUAAAAGGAAUUAAUCGCCAGGAAAUACACCGAUAGACUAGGCACAAUGACUAUAAAAUCACACCUUUCAUUGAGUGAGCUUCAUUCUGGAGAAAAAGUACUUUUAAUCCAUAUGUAAAUGAGCAGGUAAGUGCACAGAGGGAGGGGCCAAUCCUCUCUGUGCACCCUUGUCCUUCCUGCCAGCCCAUCCCUCUCUUUGGUAGGGCGAAAAGAUAUUUUGUCGUGCAACAAUUUUUAUAAUGAUAGUUUAUGGUGUCGCACUGCAACACAACAGUAGAAAAAAUCCACCAAGAUGGAUUUUUCUGCGACUGUCGCGGUGCGACACCAUGUUGCAGUGUAGUCG